GCGCAGCAGCGGGCACGGCGCGCGCCCGGGCCUCUCGCUCCCGGCUGCUGAGCGGUCUGCAAGCGUGCCGGCCACCGGCUGCACUGAGAGGCAGGGGCCUUGAGGGCCGGCCCUGGAUCCUGACUGCCCUUCUGCCAGGAAGACACAUGCAGCCAAAGAUGAAUUUGGGAAAAGUAGCGGCUUGCUCCUUUAACCAUGGAAAAGCAGGGCUACAGUGAGAUGGAAAUUAUCCCAUCAGAGUCUCAGUCCCACAUUAACUUGUUGAAAAUCAACCGGGAGCUUCUGGUCACUCACAUCCGCAACACUCAGUGUCUGGUGGACAACUUGCUGAAGAAUGACUACUUCUCGGCAGAGGACGCAGAGAUCGUGGGUGCCUGCCCCACGCUGCCCGACAAGGUCCGCAAAAUUCUGGACCUGGUACAGAGCAAGGGCGAGGAGGUGUCCGAGUUCUUCCUGUACGUGCUGCAGCAACUCGCAGAUGCGUAUGUGGACCUCAGGCCUUGGCUGUCGGAGAUCGGCUUCUCCCCUUCCGAGCUCAUUCAGAGCAAAGCUGUUGUCAACACCGACCCAGUGAGCAGGUACACCCAGAAGCUUCGACACCAACUGGGCCACGACUCCAGGUUCAUCCUGUGCUACGCCCAGAAGGAGGAGCUGCUGCUGGAGGAGAUGUACACGGACACCAUCAUGGAGCUGGUUGGCUUCUGCAACGAGAGCCUGGGCAGGCUGGGCAGCCUGGCCUGCCUCCUGGACCACACCACGGGCAUCCUCAAUGAGCAGGGCGAGACCAUCUUUGUCUUUGGCGACGCCGGCGUGGGCAAGUCCAUGCUGCUGCAGCGGCUGCAGGGCCUCUGGGCCACCGGCCAGCUGGACGCGGGGUUCAAGUUCUUCUUCCACUUCCGCUGCCGCAUGUUCAGCUGCUUCAAGGAGAGCGACACACUGUGCCUGCAGGACCUGCUCUUCAAGCAUUACUGCUACCCGGAGCAGGACCCCGAGGAGGUGUUCGCCUUCCUGCUGCGCUUUCCCCACACGGCUCUCUUCACCUUCGACGGCCUGGACGAGCUCCACUCAGACUUUGACCUGAGCAGCGUGCCUGACUCCUCCUCCCCCUGGGCGCCUGCCCACCCCCUGGUCCUGCUGGCCAGCUUGCUCAGUGGGAAGCUGCUCAAAGGGGCCAGCAAGCUGCUCACGGCCCGCACGGGCAUCGAGAUCCCGCGCCAGCUCCUUCGGAAGAAGGUGCUUCUGCUGGGCUUCUCCCCCAGCCAGCUGCGGGCCUACGCCAAGAGGAUGUUCCCCGACAGGGCCGUGCAGGACCACCUGUUGGAACAGCUGGAAGCCAACCCCAACCUCUGCAGCCUGUGCGCCGUGCCCCUCUUUUGCUGGAUCAUCUUCCGGUGUUUCCAGCACUUCCACAGUGCCUUCGACAGCUCCCUGCAGCUGUCCGACUGCACGGUGACGCUGACCGACAUCUUCCUGCUGGUCACUGAGGUCCACCUGAACCGGACACAGCCCACCAGCCUGGUGCAGCGGAACACGCGGAGCCAGUCAGAGGCCUUCCACGCUGGCCGGGGCACCCUGCGCUCGCUGGGGCAAGUGGCCCACUGGGGCAUGGAGAAGAACCUCUUUGUCUUCAGCCAGGAGGAGGUGCAGGCCUCCGAAAUGCAGGAGAGAGACCUGCAGCUGGGCUUCCUGCGGGCGGUGCCAGAGCUGGGCCUCGGAGGCGACCGGCAGUCCUACGAGUUUUUCCACAUCACCCUCCAGUCCUUCUUUACUGCCUUCUUUCUCGUGGUGGACGACAGGGUGGGCACUCGGGAGCUGCUCAGGUUCUUCCAGGAGUGGGCACCUCCUGGGGAGGCAGCAGCGUCCUGCUACCCCCGCUUCCUCCCUUUCCAGUGCCUGGGGGGUAGCGGCUUGGUGGGGGAAGACCCCUUCAAGAACAAGGACCACUUUCACUUCACCAACCUCUUCCUGUGCGGGCUGUUGUCCAAAGCCAAACAGAAGCUCCUGCGGCGCCUGGUGCCCGCCGCCGUCCUGCGGAGAAAGCGCAAGGCCCUGUGCGCACACCUGUUCGCCAGCCUGCGGUCCCACCUGAAGAACCUGCCCCGCCUUCAGAGUGGGGGCUUCAACCAGGUGCAGGCCAUGCCUACCUUCAUCUGGAUGCUGCGCUGCAUCUAUGAGACGCAGAGCGAGAAGGUGGGGCGGCUGGCGGCCAGGGGCAUCUGUGCCAACUACCUCAAGCUGACCUACUGCAAUGCCUGCUCGGCCGACUGCAGCGCCCUCUCCUUCGUCCUGCACCACUUCCGCAAGCGGCUGGCCCUCGACCUGGACAACAACAAUCUCAAUGACUACGGCGUGCGGGAACUGCAGCCCUGCUUCAGCCGCCUCACCAUCCUCAGACUCAGCGUAAACCAGAUCACUGACAGUGGAGUAAAGGUGCUACAGGAAGAGCUGACCAAAUACAAAAUUGUGACCUAUUUAGGCUUAUACAAAAACCAGAUCACGGAUGUGGGAGCCAGGUACAUCGCCAGAAUCCUGGAUGAAUGCAAAGGCCUCAUGUACCUUAAACUGGGAGAAAACAAAAUAACGAGCGAAGGGGGAAAGUGUCUCGCGCUGGCUGUGAAGAACAGCAAAUCCAUCUUUGAAGUGGGGAUGUGGGGCAACAGAAUUGGUGAUGAAGGAGCAAAGGCCUUCGCGGAGGCUCUGAGGAACCACCCCAGCUUGACCAACCUGAGUCUUGCAUUCAACGGCAUCUCUACAGAAGGAGGAAAGAGCCUCGCGUGGGCCCUGCAGCAGAACGCGUCUCUGAGAAUAUUCUGGCUCACCAAAAAUGAACUCAAUGAUGAAGUGGCAGAGAGCUUGGCAGAGAUGUUGCAAGUCAACCAGACACUGAAACAUUUAUGGCUUAUCCAGAACCAGAUCACAGCCAAGGGAGUUGCCCAGCUGGCGGAUGCAUUACAGAAGAACACUGGCAUAAUGGAGAUUUGCCUAAAUGGAAACUUGAUAAAGCCAGAAGAAGCCAAAGUCUUUGAAGAUGAGAAACGGAUUGUCUGUUUCUGAGAGGAUGUUGUCCUGUUCGUGGGUCUCGGCCCUGGGAGGCUCCCUGGCAGCAGACUCCACUGUGCAAUCACCUGUCUUGGCUGUCUGAAAGGGCUCUGCUGAGACGGGACCCUCAGGAGCCCACUGUCUUCGUGAUGCAAAUCACCCUCCAUGCGGACGCUCUGAUUGGCCGACUCUGAGCAGCUGUUACAAUUUUGCAGGAAAAGCGUGUGCCUUGUGCGCCGUUUUAGUUCCUGUCAGUAUACUAGGAAGAGACGUUAACGCACAUCCAUGCUUAUUUUAAUCUGAAACUGGAGGAAUAAGACUUUGAGCUCAUACAAACACCUGGCCCUUAGGCCAGCGGGCGUGAGUUGGUCCCAGCUGUCUUCCUUGAAGAGUUGAGGACGUGGUACAAAGUUGGUGCCAAUCUUCUUGGAGAAAAAGUGCUCAACGAACAGGAAGUGUUUUACCUGAAAUAGUCUCUCCUUCCUCACUACUUCCCCAUGUGUUGUUAUUCCCACUUUACAGCUGUAGAUACUGAGGUGUUACAGUGCGGGGAUUUCGCUUACGGGAGGUUUAUAGGGAGACGGUGUUGAGAAAAGGGCUCAUCACAGGGUUUUUAGCCCUGGAGUCUCACUGUCUGCUGACAGCGACCACUGGAUGCCCUCGUAGCCAGUCUAAGAGAAAGGACGGUGCCUUCGUAAUGUCGAGUUUCCACUCAGGACUUUGGCCUGGCUAGGCUGACCUCCUCCUGAAGGCUAAUACAUGGCAAAGGGGCUCUGCCCUGAAGGAAGCAUUAAUGCCCGUCCUCCAGAAGGAAUAAGGCAUAGCUUGCCCUUGUGGCCCUGGCAUCCAAACAGAAGCUUCUCUCUCUCUCCUGCCUUCUUGAGGAAGGGCAGUCUCUUCCUGCUGCUGAGUAGUUGUGAGGGUGACUGAGUUGGAGCCAAGACUCAGGCUCCAGCUGAGAACCUGGCUAGCAUGCGUGAUGGACACCUACUACCACAGUGGGCACGUGGAUGCUAAAGGGGGAAGGGUGGUGAUAUUACCAGAUAACUUGUUCUUUUGCCAAUUCAUUUGUUAAUAAAAUACUGAAAACACUCACU